CUGACAAUCACAUUGGCGUGUGGUUGGGAUAUGGGUUGUUAUUGGCUACUCCAUCAAGAGUUUGGCCAAGCUACUCCAUCAAGAGUUUGGCCAAGUAGAUAACUCUUACCCACAGUAGGAUAAUUUGUUAAAAUAAAUUUACUACAAGUGUUAUUAGAAAACAAUGCCAUGCCCCCUUUUUUUAAUGGCUGAAAGCCACCUUUUUCCAAGAGUGCACCACCCCUGGAUUCGUUUCAAUGCAUGAGAACCAGUUUUUGUUCCCACGAGGCUUUUUUUCUUGUGCCCGUGGGGUCAUAUGGUCCCAAAGCGUGGCGCUCCACCGAGGGGCCGGCGCUCCACCGAGGGGCCAACGCUCCCUCAUGCAUUGUAUCGAAACCAACUCCCCUCCUAAGUCCUUCCUCUGCGUCACCAAUGCCGGUAGGUGGUUUCCUUGGAUUCUAAAAUCCCACGCUUCCCUGCAAUCUCUCCUUCAACAAAAAAAAUUAGAGAAAAACUCCACUUUCUCUUCCACAGAACGUCGCCUGGGCUUCUCAUGCUGGCAUUUGAUUUCCAUCCAGAUUCGAGUAGGUUAUGUUGAGAUUCUGAGACUGUUGUGGAGAAACUAGCUGGAGCUUCAGAAAGGUGGAACCUUUGGAUUCGAGAAUUUUGACCAGCUUCUGAAGGUUUCGCUCUGAAGUUAAAGCUCCGAUUUUUCUUUUCUUCCAUAAAGCAGUCUAAUUUAAGAUUGCCAAAGGAAGAAAAGUAGUUAUUUAACAAUUUGAGCCAAUCUGAUCUUUUGUUCCAUGACAGCUGAUUGAAGGAAAGUAACCAAGAAGUAUGUGAUCAAAGUUUGUUGCUGGGAAAAACAGCUUCUCAACUAAGAAAGUUUUCAAUUUUUCAAUGUAAAACCGAAGAAUUUUAGCUCUUAAAAGGAGGGCGGUAAGACUCCUGCCACUGCAAGGUCCAGGGAAGAUCAGAUGUAUGCAAUAUUCUAUGUGUAAAAAGAUGCUGUUUUCUAUCUGAAACUUUAACCCCGCAGAUUCCAUUAGAACUUCUGUUCAGCACAAUAGAUGGAGGGAAAUUUACCAACUGCUAACAUGAUACCUGCUUCUUAUGGUAUUUUGGACUUGCAAGGCUCUGUGCAUAUGCAUCACCAACAGCACCCACAAGCGUCCUUUGGUCACCACCAGCAACAGCCAAGCAGCACCCAAUUACAUCAGAGCUUGAUGGUUCACCCACCAAUGCAUGAAGUUUUCCCCUUGACUGCCAACCACAUGAAGGAUGUUAAAACCUCCAUGAGUGAUGAUGGUGAUCAGAGCUUGGCUGAGGACAGAGUCAAUGAUCAGGAUGAUGGUGGCAAAGGGAAGAAGGGCACUCCAUGGCAGCGGAUGAAGUGGACCGGUCGAAUGGUUAGGCUAUUGAUAACUGCAGUUUCCUAUGUAGGAGACGAUGCCAUCUCAGAAUAUAACAAUGAUGGGAGGAGAAAAAGUGCAGUAUUGCAGAAGAAGAGGAAGUGGAAGUGUAUAUCAAAAGUGAUGACAGAGAGGGGCUGUUAUGUUUCUCCUCAGCAGUGUGAAGACAAGUUCAAUGAUCUCAACAAGAGAUAUAAAAGGCUGGUAGAUAUUCUUGGAAGGGGCACAGCUUGCAAGGUGGUGGAGAAUCCAGCUCUAUUGGACCAAAUGAAGCACAUAUCUGAUAAGCUGAAGGAUGAUGUGAAGAAGAUUUUGAGUUCAAAGCAUCUAUUCUACGAGGAGAUGUGCUCGUAUCAUAAUGCAAAUCGGUUAAAUUUACCUCACGAUCCAGCGCUUCAACGGUCUUUGCAGCUGGCUCUGAGAAGUAGAGAUGAGCAUGGUACAAGGAGGGCUGUCCAUGGAAAUAAUGAUGAAGAUGGUCAAGGUACCGACGAUGAGAAGGAUCAUGCUCCAGAGCAUACUACAUUGCAUAGCGAUGUUGGGGGAUCAUGCUUUCCGAAAAGGAUGAAGCAUUUGGUGGACCAUGAAGAAGUGAGUUUUGGAAGCCCUUCAGGGUUACAGGACUGUAUAAGAAGGCCUCAUCCCCAAGACACGUCUGUAGAUAUGAAGCAAGUAUUCCCAGAAGGAUCUACUGUUACUUGGGUGCAGAAGCACUCUAAGAAUUUUCCUUCACUUCAGCUGGAAGAGCGAACCCAUAAUAUUAAACUCCAGAUGUUGGAGCUUGAAAGGCAAAGCUUCAAGUGGCAACAACUUAGUAAGAAGAAAGACAGAGAACUGAACAAGAUGAGAAUGGAGAAUGAAAGGAUGAAGCUUGAGAAUGAAAGGCUGGCAUUGGAGUUGAAGCGCAGGGAGUUUGAGGUUGAUCUUAAUUUGAAGAGCAGUCAGUGAUGCAUGGAAUUCAAGCUUCAGAUAUGGUAAGCCGUAGCCUAUAACUGAAGUGCUUCCUAGACGAAGUCCUUUUGUAUUUCUCAAAACUGUGUAUGAUAAUAGGAUUGUUUUCUGUUAAACUUGUAGACAUGUGCCAUGCAAUUAACCCUUUAUUUGCUUGUCAGAUGAGCAUCACAGUGUUUCUACCUCAAAUUUCACAGUUAGAAUGAUCGCUGUUCUGCAUGCAAAAUGAAUAUGAUCUUGGAUUU